AUGUUGGUGCUAGGAAUCACUGGAUCAAUUGGAACAGGAAAAUCUACAGUUUCUAUGAUUUUGAGGUCAAAAUCACCAUGGACGUUGAUAGACGCAGAUGUGUUGGCUAAAGAACUGAUGUUACCAGGAAACAAAUGUUAUAAGAAAGUUAUUAAAAUUUUUGGAGAAUCAAUUGUUAAAGAAGAUGGACAAAUUGAUACCAAUAUCCUGGGACAAGCAGUUUUUUCUAAUCCUUGUGAAAGAAAAAUAUUGAAUAAGAUUGUACACCCAGAAGUUUUAAAAACAGUGCUUUUUCAAAUUUUUAAAGCAUGGAUAAGAGGGGAUGAAGUAGUGAUAGUUGAUGUGCCUUUAUUAUUUGAGAGUGGAUUUGACUAUCUUUGUGGAAAAAUCAUUUGUGUUGCGUGUAAAGAAAAUACACAAACAGAAAGGUUAAAGACUCGCAACGGAUAUACAAAAGAAGAGUCAGAAAAAAGGAUCCGAAGCCAAAUGCCUCUAAGCAGCAAAAUUCAACUAGCAGAUAUAGUAAUAUGGAAUGAUGGAAGUAAAAAGGAUUUAGAAGUUAAAGUCGCAGCCCUGAUAAAAAAUAUACAGCCCACUAAAACAAGAUAUCUGCUUGAACGAAUACUUCCUAUAUUUGCGAUGAUAUCUUUUAUUUAUACAGCAUUAAAACGCUGGUUAUUCAAGAAAAAAAAAAACUUUAUAUAA